CUUCGAGCUAUCGAUCGUCAUCUUCCCUCUCUACUCUCCUUUUUCCUCUUCUUCCCUCUUCACAAACACUGUCCCAAACAUUCGGCAGAGUCGAUCAUACAUCCGACAAGUACAAAAAUAUCAUCAUCGGGCAACCUUUUUACGUCGAUAUUAGGAGAAUGCUCGCUCGCCUCCAUAGGUUUCCCUGAGCCGCGAUUGAGCUAACAGCUCCCGGACCCAUUCGUAGGUAUCAUCAUACCACUCGAGUUCUCCCUACCAUACCAUUACGAGGCAUCAUUCUUCCUACACUUCCCGGGACUUCGAAGUGCAGAAGAAAACAAGAAAAGGGAAACCCAGCUUGUGCCAGUUGUUAAUCCAACUCGAUCCGACCGUAUCCUUUCCAAAAUUUACAUCUCGAAGACGACCCCGCUGACGCGGCUCACCCACCAUGUCUUCACCAACCCCCCGCAUCUCUAUCCAUACCUCCCCUGCCUCCCCCCCAAACCAACCUGCCCACGAAGCAGGACCAAGCACCGACACCGACGACAACCGAGCGUCUUGUUCCGAGACGACGAGGGGCCGGCCAACCAUUCGGAUCAAGGGUCAGAAUACACCGCGACCGCUUGCCUUGUCGCGGGACUCGUCCGCCGGUUCCUCCGCCCACCUCGGCUGGGCGUCCGAUUCGACGGUCCGACCAUCGCAGGGGCGUAGGGGCUCCGUGUCGUCGCUCAGCUUCGCGCCGGUGCGGAACCCCGAAUUGCCGCAGGGAACACACAAGAAGACGGACAAGGAGCGCAUCAGGGCAUCUUCUCCUCCUCCUGCGAGGUUCCAGUCGCGGGUGGCUUUCGACAACGUGCAGCUGGGCGAGGCCACUAAGCGCAACACCUCGUCCCUCACGCUCAAUGUCCGCCAUCGGGGCUUCCAGCUCAAGAGGCGGUCGCGCAUGUUCAUGGUGGGUAUCGACGAGCAUGAGUACUCGGACGAGGCGCUGCAGUGGCUGCUGGACGAGAUGGUCGACGACGGAGACGAGGUGGUGUGCGUGCGGGUGGUGGAGAACAUGACUAAGACGAUGCAGUCGUAUCAGCAGGAUGCGCACGCACUGAUGGGCUCGAUCCUUGCCAAGAAUGAAGCGAACCGCGCGAUCAAUUUUACACUGGAGUAUGCGUCGGGGAAACUGCAUGCCACUUUUCACAAGCUGAUUCAAAUAUAUCAGCCGGCCAUGUUGAUCGUCGGCACGCGCGGACGCUCGCUGGGCGGAUUCCAGAGCCUAGUCAACACGCGCAACUCCUUCUCCCAGUACUGCCUCCAGUACUCGCCCAUCCCCGUGGUGGUGGUGCGGCCGACGGCGCAGCGCGACAAGAAGCGGAAUAAGAGGCAGCAGGACACCGAACGGCAGACGUACGCUAAGAUGCUGACGGCGACGGGCGGGAAGCACGAGACGGACAGCGCGCGGACGAUCCGGUACGCGACGGAGGUGAAGUACUCGGCGGAGGAGGAGGCGCACCACGUGGCUAGGGCGCUCGGGUUGCCGGCGUCGUUCGAUCCUACCAUCAAGCCGCUGAACGUCCAGCUGGGUCGGCGACUGAAGCAACAGACCGAGGGGUCGUCAUUGUCGGCGUCGCCGUCGCGUUCGCCGCUGUCGGUCACCGUGACGUCGGCGGAUACUAAAGAGGAUGAGGAGGAAAAAGAAGCAGAAGCAGAAGCAAAAGCAGAAGCAGAAGCAGAGAAAAAGGAGGAGGGCCCGGAGACGGAAGAGGUUCAGGCGCAGGUGCAGACGCAGGUGCUUCCCAUGAGCGCGGUGGGCGACGUUGGCGACGGUGAUGGCAAUGAUGAUGGUGACGAGGAGGACGAUGAUGAUAACGAUGACGACGACGAGGACGACGAGGAGGGGUUCGAGGCGAUACCGGGCGAGGAGGCGCUGGGGCGGGAUCAGCAGGACCGUCUCCACGAUAUGGAAGUUGGCGAGGCGGCGGCGCUCCUUAAGCAGAAUCGUCGGCAGAGCAUGGGUUCAGGGGGGACGGAUGACGACUCGGAUGGUGGGAAGCAGGGUGGUGAGGGUGGUAGUAAGAGUUGAUGCAGAAAAAAGGAACGCUUGAUGUCGUGUUUUCUUUCAUUGUUCUUAGAGGCGGAUGGAGGGUCAAUUAUUGUCAGGGCGUUCACAAUUCGGAUGGCGGUAUCCAUAGGUAUUCUCCUAUUUCUAGAGGACAGGCUGGCUACGGACUAUGGGAAGGGUCGGGGUCAUACAAGAGAUGCGGUUGGAUGGUAGAUGGGAAUGAGGAGUUCUGUAUGCUUAUGUUAUGCUUUUGUUAGACGUGAUAUCCUUCGCUCUGGGUGAAGGUCAUGUUUUUGGUCUUUGGCGUGUCGCGAG